AUGGAGGUCUUCCACCAGUAUGGCUUACUGGAAAUGAUCGUAUCCAGCCUAUAUCCAGACGACUUACUGGCGCUGUUAUUAUGCUCAAGAUCCACCCAUGAAGCGAUCUUACCACAACCUGGUAGCCUAGAAAAUUUGCUAGGGAAGCUCAAAUGCUCCGGUCGAGGUGUACAUGUCCGCAACAAGCGUCACAAGAAGUCUACUUUCUUCUACGCUUAUGAUUGUACUGAAACCAUAAAGUGUGGAGCAAAAGAGUCUACCACAGAGUGCCGGCCCUGUGCCAGAUGUAAAGUCAGCACUUGCGACGAAUGCCGCAUUCACUGCGUCUACCAGAGCAUAUACGAAACACCUUGCGAUGAGGAUGAACUGCCCAACUUCAGCGGCUUCAUUCUGCUGUCACCUCUCGAGGUGCCAAUCCUCAGCCCACAUCACAUGGAUAGUGACGAAGCUGGGUCGCAGUGGCAGGAUCCUUCAAACAGUCUGCAAGCACCAUAUCAUGAUCAAGGCUUCAUCGACGUUCCGUUUGAGGAAGAUAGCUUUGGUCUACCUGAAAGCGUCGAAGAUCUUCUAGAAAUGGAUCUCGGUAGCCACACGUUGGCUGCAUCAGCGUCUUCGAGCGUCGCUCAUCCUUCGCCGGUCCUUCGAGCUUUAUACCAAACGACGGAGCAGCGGAAACGAUGGUUCUGCGAUGAAUGCCGGCCAUCCAUCGCGACCCAGGGUCAAGAGAUUCCUCAAGCUUCUCAAUGCCAGUGCACUUUACGCAAUCACUUUCUUGACCGGUGGUUGUGCCUGCGCUGCUACGAAACGGAAGAACAUGAUCUUGACGCAUCCUUUGUUGACCAAAAAGAGCGUUGCGCAUGCGGACGACAAGAUGGAACUAAGACAUGUUUGUGGUGCUGGGGAGAAGUGGUACAUCCGAUGUUCGAAUUUGAAGAAGUACACAACGGAGACCGCACCGAAAAUACCAAUCAGCCAUAG